CCAUAUGCUGUAAUGAAUGAUUCCUCCAACUACUAAUUUACUCCUCUAUCAUCACCCAAAUUUGCUCCUCUAAGAUGGGCAGAGAUCUGUGGAUCACCUUGAUCGCCGGCCUUCUGAUGAAUCUGAUCAGCCAAACAAACGGAGAAUCAUCGUCCGGCAGCAGCAGCAGCAGCUGGAACAUCAUAAACCAGAGAAAUGGGAACAAAAACGUCGGCAGCAGUACCUUACAGAAGUACUGCGAGAGCUGGAGAAUAAACGUGGAGCUAAACAACAUUAGGGAAUUCAAGGUUGUACCAGAAGAGUGCACUAACUAUGUCGGCAAGUACAUGACGUCGACCCAGUACAAGUCCGAUUCAGAGAGAACAAUCGAGGAGGCAGAGGUCUAUCUUGCUAGAUAUUGCCCACUUGAAGGAGAUGGAAAGGAUGUUUGGAUCUUUGAUGUUGAUGAAACCCUCUUGUCCACUGUCCCUUACUUCAAGAAACAUGGAUUCGGGGGAGAGAAGAUGAAUCAUACAUCUCUUGAAGGAUGGAUGAAGGAGAGGAAAGCAGUAGUGUUGGAGCAUACACUGAGAAUCUUCAAUGAAGUGAGGUUGAAGGGGGUGAAGAUCUUCAUUAUCUCCAAUAGGAGAGAGUGUUUGAGAGAUGCUACUGUUGAGAAUCUACUAAAGGUUGGUUAUCAAGGAUGGUCUGGCCUGAUAUUAAGGGGGGGAGUUGAAGAUGAGAAAGUGGAGAGUUAUAAAGCUGGGGUGAGAAGAAGACUUGUGGAUGAACAAGGGUAUAGGAUUUUGGGGAUAAUAAGUGAUCAAUGGUCAAGCUUUGAUAAUGGAUACCCAUCUUCUUCUUCUGCUAAAUCUAAUUAUAGAUCUUUUAAACUACCCAAUUCCAUCUACUAUGUUGCUUGACUUUUCCCAUUGUAAGUUCAAAUCUUCUAAGUAUGAAGUUUAAUAUAUGAUGUACCUGUUUGAGAAUAGUGAGUGUGUUCAUAUUGUGAUUAAGUAAUAUAUCUUAGGAGUUUUAUCCUUG